GAAGCCUCCACAUAGUGCCGGACGGGAAAUAACCCCAUAAAUACUCUUCUUUAUUUUUUUAAAAUUACUAUUAUUAUUAUUAUUAUUAUUAUUAUUAUUGUCACUGUGUAAAUUAAAAAACCUGGCAGCUCCCGGGGCGGGGCGUCACUCCUGACAGCGACGCAGAAACUCUCCUUGACACCGCACUCUUCUUCUCUUCUCUUCUCUUCUCUCCUCCUCGGCGCAGCGCAAACGGAGGGAGUUUACACCAAAAGUCCAGAGAUGGUGACUUUACGCCCGGGAUCAGAAGGCAGCCCGAACUGAACUCCCCGCCACUUGCUGCUUCUCCUGCCCGCCGGUUCGUCAUCAUCAUCAUCAUCAUCAUCAUCUUCAACCCACGCUGACGAGUCCUCCGAAGUUUUGUUUUUGUUUCUUCUCUCUCAUUUCGCGAGAGUGUGCGCGGCGCGGCGCGGCGCAUGUGGAAGAAGAAGUGAGUCCAGGCAACGUUCAUGCGUUUUAAAGUCGACCGCAAGUGAGACGAGGGUGUUGGAGCUGAAAGUCUCUUAUCUCUAAUGAUGUCUUCCAUGCGAGCAACGCCUCCUUUCCACCCGCCGCCAUCCGAGGAGGCGGACGCCACGGAUCAGGACAACAACACGGCCUGGGCCGGAGACGAGCGGGAUGGCCUGACUGAGACGGUCCCUGGCACGACCCCGCCGCACGACCAGCCCUGCCCGGACGAGCCCCCACCCGCCAGGAAGAAAACGGCGGCCGACAUCGUCGAGUGGGAGACGGUCGCCCCGGCCGUGAUGGACAAUGAAGGCAGCAAAGGCUGCUCUGGCUACCCUUACCGGACKAACUCUACCUCUCCUACCAAGCCGGAGGAGUGUUCCAGGGAUCGAGGGGAGUCGGUGAUCGGCCUGGCCUUCGGGACUCCCGAGCGGCGUAAAGGAAGUCUGGCAGACGUGGUUGACACACUGAAACAGAAGAAGCUCGUGGAGUUGACCAAGUCGGAACAAGACGAACCGUCCUGCAUGGUGAGGCUACUUUCCAAGGACUGGAAGGAUCACGUCGAAGGCCUAAACACCAACGAGCUGCUGGGGGAGGUCAAAGGUACGCCCGAGUCGCUCGAGGAAAAGGAGCGCCAGCUUUCCACCAUGAUCGGUCAGCUGAUUAGUCUGCGGGAGCAGCUGCUGGCCGCCCACGACGAGCAAAAGAAGAUGGCCGCCUCACAGCUCGAGAAGCAGAGACAGCAGAUGGAGUUGGCCAGGCAGCAGCAGGAGCAGAUUGCCAGACAACAGCAGCAGCUUUUACAGCAGCAGCACAAGAUCAACAUUCUCCAGCAACAGAUUCAGGUCCAGGGUCACAUGCCUCCUCUGAUGAUCCCCCUGUUCCCACACGACCAGCGCUCUCUGGCUGCCGCCGCCGCUGCACAACAAGGCUUCCUCUUCCCGCCCAGCAUGUCCUACAAGCCAGGUGAGAAUUACCCAAUGCAGUUCAUUCCGUCGACAAUGGCAGCUGCGGCGGCCUCUGGACUCAGCCCACUACAGCUGCAGCAGCUGUACGCCGCACAGCUGGCAAGCAUGCAGAUCUCGCCGGGAGCCAAGAUGACGCCCCUCCCGCAGGCUCCCAACUCCUCCGGUCCGCUUUCACCCUCCAACCUCAAGAGUGAGAAGCGAGCGUCCAGCCCCGUCACUCAGAUUAAGGAAGAAGGAUCCACACAGCCAUUGAACCUCUCCGCCAGACCGAAGACGGCCGAGCCGUAUCGCUCUCCGACGUCUCCCACGCAGAGCCUGCUGCCCGGAAACAAGACCAGCCCAGGUGGCCUGGGCAAGGGUCGCAUCCCGAGCCCCAUCUCCAUCCCCAGCAUGGGCCGAAACACCUCCCUGGACAUCUUGUCCAGCCUUAACUCCACAGCGUUGUUUGGGGACCAAGACGCGGUUAUGAAAGCCAUCCAGGAGGCGCGGAGCAUGAGGGAGCAGAUCCAGAGGGAGCAGCUCCACCAUCAGCAGCAGCAGCCGGGCCACCAGAGUCUGGAGGCCAAGCUGUCCGCACUCAGCAGCAUGAACCUCAACAACAGCAACAAGGAGCGGCUUCACUACGAGACUCUCAGCCAGCAUYUGGGGAAGCUUGGGGAGGACGCAGGGAAGAUGGUCCAUCGAGUCAUCGACCUGACGAGACCAGAGGAUCUGGAUGGGAAUAAUAUCACAGAGGCACGGGUGUUCAGAGAGGCACGAGGCAGGAACAGCAGCGAGCCCCACAUCAAGAGGCCCAUGAACGCCUUCAUGGUUUGGGCUAAAGACGAGAGGAGGAAGAUCCUGCAGACCUUCCCCGACAUGCACAACUCCAACAUUAGCAAGAUCCUGGGUUCUCGCUGGAAAGCCAUGACCAAUCAGGAGAAGCAGCCGUACUACGAGGAGCAGGCCCGCCUCAGCAAGAUCCACCUGGAGAAAUAUCCCAACUACAAGUACAAGCCGCGGCCCAAGAGGACCUGCAUCAUCGAUGGCAAGAAGCUGCGCAUCGGGGAGUACAAGCAGCUGAUGCGCUCGCGGCGUCAGGAGAUGAGGCAGUUCUUUGUGGGGCCUCAACCCCAGAUUUCUCUGGGCAACAGCUCAGGAGGCGUUGGAGUUUACCCGGGCGCGAUAACCAUGGCGACAACGGCGACGCCCUCCCCACAUCUGACCUCGGACUGCUCGAGCACGUCAGCCAGCCCCGAACCGAACAUCCCCGUCAUCCAGAGCACGUACGGGGUUAAGUCCGAGCCCGGCGGCGGUGGCAGCAACGGUACGGGCGUCGGCGCCAUGGAUCUCCCCGGUGACCCCGCAAACGGAGACGACGACAUGGACAUGUACGAGGACUUUGAGGACGAGCCCAAAUCGGACUAUAGCAGCGAGCACGAGACGCGGGAAGUGGUCAGCGCCAACUGACCACGAUCGGGGGGGUGAUGAGUAAAAAAAGAAAAACCAUGACAAAAACAACGACUCCCUUUACGUCCAGAGACGAACUCUGAGAACAAAGUUCAUCACGGAGACCUCCAGGCAGACUUCCUACCGAGCAUGCCCAGGCAAGAUCCGAAAGACUUGUGGAACAGUGUCUUGACAGGCGCCCCGUUGAAGAAAAAGGGGCCGGCGAGGGAGAAGGUGUCCCACGAACACGACCUCAACAAUCAUUCAGACUUUGAGCUGACAAGGAGCUGCAGUUUCCUACACUCUGACAAUCGUUAAAGGAACAAGAAGAGCGAGAGAGAAAGAAAGCGAGACAACGAACAAAUGAGCAUCAUAACGCGGUGUGGUUUGUAGAGAGCAUGCAUGGGGUUUUUUUUCACGCAUCACAAAAUGCUCUUUGACAGCUAUUUGGUCUUAAAUGUGUAAAAGAGUGUGUUAGUUUUACUAUUACGGCGUAUUUGACUUUUUGUGACCCCGUUUGGUUUUCUGUUCCAUCGAUCUCUCUGACAGGUCUCACUGCCUGUACAAACUCUGGACUGUCGGAACUUGAAAUUUCAAAAGUUUUUAAUAUAAAUUCUGAUUUGUGUUACUUUCUUAGUCUUACCUUAGUUUCAUCAUAGUGCUAAGCCUUUUCUCCCCUUACAAACUGCUUAUAUUACGUUACUGUUAGUUGUUUUUUUUUUUUUUAAGAAAUAUCCCAGCUCAGGUAUGAUGUGCCAGCUUGUGAAUGUCGGGUUUUUUUUCUUUGUUUCCAUAGAAGUAGGACUCUUAGAUGUUCCAUAGAUAGGAUUUUUCAGACUGUCAUUGAAAUAUAGGGAGUUAAAUCCCUUAUAAUUAUUAUUAUUAUUAUUUUUAUUAUUAUUAAGGAAGGAAAAACCCAUACAUUGUACAGUUUUCUUCAGAUGUGCCAAACAUUCACGUUGUCCCGGGAUGUUGUAGUCUUAAUUUCCAAUGCUGCAAAAAAAAAACGAAGAAAAAAAAGUCUUAUACAAUCAUGUUUUUUCUAUCUGGUGUGAUAGACUGUUUUUUUUUUUGUUCUUGUUUUUCUGUAAAAUGCUGGUUCCCCUCCUGAUCCAGUCACAGUCAGAGCUCAGGGAGGACACGUCUUCAUCACGCUUUGCCCCAGUCACACGAACGCAUAGCUUUGUGUUGCUCCAGGAAUCUGUUUCACUUCGAGACACAUCGUAGCAGAGUAGCUCAUUUUAUUUCCAACUGCACUGGUGCUUUCAUGAACCAUGUUGCUCUGAGUUCCUUCAAUCAAUCAAUCAAUCAAUCAAAUUUUAUUUGUAUAGCACAUUUCAGCAGCAAGGCAUUUCAAAGUGCUUUACAUAAUUAAAAUAAAAACAGAAAUAAACAGUGAGAAAGAGAAAGAGAUUAAAAAAACCCAGUAGAACUGUAGUUCUACUGGGUUCACGCCAAACCAGUUUGCUGGAAGCUCAGCGUAGUGCUGUAUCAGCACUUAUGACCGUCCCUUUAAAUCAGGCUAUGGACAGAGGUACUUUUUAGCUUUUUAUUUUUUUACAUCUUAAAUUAAUAAUUUCUGAAGUGAUGGUUUGUUAAAUGGUUAGAAGCACUUGAUAUUUUACCUGAAUUACGUGACUCUUAUUUACUAUAAAUCCAGAUUAGUUUGAGUUUGAGGCGGCGCGCGCUAGCUUGUCCAAGAGGAGCUGAACAUAAAACGGGCUCUUAAGGUUUUAAGACAGGUCUUGUCUCAAAAUGUCUUACAAUGUAGCCAAAUGGUUUUUUGUUUUUUUGUUUGUUUUUUACAAACUAUUGCUCUAUAAAUGCAUCCAUAAGGAUUUUAGUAGGUGAUUUAUAAUUAUCUUGAGACUAUACAUGACAAUAUAAUAAUAUCUGAUACAAUACAAUAAUAUCUAAUUUAAAAAAAAAUCUGUAUGUGUAUAUGUUAAUAAUAAAAAAAGAAAAUCUUCAUCAAGGUGCAUCUCUACCAUAAACUACACUGUUUAGUUUUUUUUUUUUAAAGUAGAUGAUGAAUAUUUAAAUGAGAAAAAAGAGGUCGGAGGUCGUGCGCUGCUGAUUAGCUUCCUGUGUGAAACAUAUAGAAAGAGUGGAACAUGUGAAAUGGUUCUGCUCAAACUUGCUGCCUGAUGUGAUAUUCAUAGUCAGAAAAAUGAAAGGUGUUUAAGCAGUUUGAGUGAGAGCUAGUUUAUAUUAACACCAGCCUGGUUUUCAGUGAGUUAGUUUCUGCGAGCGCUAUACGUUUCUCUCAGGAAACGAAUAUUUCUGUCCCUUCGCCUCCUACCUUCAAGAAAAUCACUGUAAAUAUGCGUCCAGUGGAAACAUAAUUACAGUUUAGGCAUUUGUAAAUUGACAUUCCCAUGGACUGUUUUUAAGAUUGUUUUUCUUUUUAAGAUGGUAGAAGUUCAUAUUUGUCAUUGCUCCUCUCGGACUAGACGUUAACUUCAGUCUUCUGGUUUGACUAAUCUGGAUUUAUCCAAAACAUUUUUUUGUUCACCUUUCAACAGAACCUCACUUAAAAAAAUCAUGACCUGCCCCUUUAAGAAUUGCUGAGUCCUAAAAGGAUGUUUGAAGCUGUUCGUACUCAGAAUCAGACGAAAGGUGGGAGAGCCGUCUCAGAGAGGUUCUGCUAAAAAGAUGUGAUUAUUGUAGGUUUUGUGUUUUCAAUUUGUCCUAAAAUGUCUCCUAGCUUGUUUGCUAUAAUCGUCCUCUUAGAAUAAUGUGGAAAAUAUCUGAAAACUCAUACAUUUAAAGGCAAAAUUAAACGGGUCUGUUAUUCUAAAACGAUGACCUGUUGUAUUUUCGUAUAGUUCAAAAUUAGCUGGACAGAGCUUUCCUCACCAUAAUGAUGCCGAGGGGAAAAUAUUUGUGCUCACUCAUAUGUCAAAUCUUUUUUUUUUUUCAUUUCAAAAAACUGUUUCCCUGAGUGCUUUUUAAACAUUUCUUUCAUUUUCUGCUUCAUGACAAAAUUUCUCCUCACAACCAUUUCCAUCUGUAUUUAUUAGAACUGAGCAUUAGCUUUAGCUCCUGUUACAUUUCUGUCAGCAUCAUACACAUAUUAAGCACUGGAUAUUAAUUCUGAUGUACUUUUUCUGUUUUUUUUUUUUUUAUUGACUAAUGUGAAGUUAUUGUUUGAUUUAAAACAUUACAAAUUAGUCAAAUGAAAUCAGAUUGUUUUAUUUCUUUUUGAGGGGGGCCUCGGUGUUGCCAGGCUCCAUUAAAAUUGCCAUUUCUUUCAAAGCAUUUUUUUAUUAUUAUUAUUAUUAUUAUUUCAUUUAUUUAAGCGAACUUUGUUUCUCGCAGCUCUGAUCGGGCCACGCCGCCUCUGGUCUCUUUUGACAAAGAAAAAAGAAAAAAAAGGUAAACCUCAUGCUCUUGUUAGUCGUGACCUGCGGAGGCAGAGCACACGUUUCCACGGUCACACACAUUUUUAUUUUUAUUCUUUUUGUUUUUUCUUCUUUUUUUGUGAUGAGUAUUGUAUUUGAAAUUUCAAUUGUGCGUUUUAACAUUUCAUUGUAUUUAUUAGCCUGCUUUGGCUCUAAAAAGUGUCAGUACAACUUGGUGAGAGAGACAAUCUGAAAAAAAAUAUAUAUGAAUAAAAAAAAAGACUUCAGAUUAA